CCGCAGAUCUCCCAUCAUGCCAAACGACACGGACGUGCCGCUGUCGGCGUGUGCUCUGGGACGCGGCUCGCGCAUCUCUCUCACCACGGUCUACAGCUUCAUGUGCGUUCUGGGAACCCUCCUCAACCUCCUGGUGAUCUAUUUGGUGGUGACGUUCAAGAAGCUUCGCACAGCCAGUAAUGCGUUUAUCGUGAACGGCUGCGUGGCGGACCUGCUGGUCUGUGCUUUCUGGAUGCCCCACGAAGCAGUGGCCACCUCCACUGGGACUAUUCUGGUGAUUGGCUACCAGGCGUUCAAAGAAGCGCUGCUGUUUCUGGGAAUCACCGUGUCGCUGCUCUCCCACUCGCUUAUUGCAGUCAACAGGUAUGUUUUGAUCACCAAAACCCCUGCGGUGUAUCAAAGCCUGUAUCAGAAGAGAAACACCGAAUGGAUGAUCGCAGGAUCGUGGUUGAUCUCCUUGGGCUCCUUGUUCCCGUGGAUCACGUCCUUUCGGUAUCCGCCCGAGAGGUGUCGGGACGCUGAAGAUGCUUCGUUCGCGAAGGGAACAUCGGUGUCUGUUUUGUCCAGUCGGUUUGCUGCCGGUACACUUGCGUUUACUAUCAUCGGACAGACUUUGGUCGUGGUGUACUGCUACUUUAAAAUCUUCCGCCGAGUGCAGAGGAGCGUGAAAAGAGUCAGUAUUUUGAAUUUCCAAAUCGUCAACAACCUUCCUUAUUCGUUCCCCAGAAAGGACAAGCGGCUCGGCUUUUACGUUCUCGCAGUGUGCUUUAUUUUUAUUCUUACGACCGAGCCGAUUUUUUGGGUUCUCGUCGCGGGACUCUUUGCCCCGGUGUCCGUGGUGCUUUGGACGUCAACGUGGAUUGUGUUCUGCACUAUAUUCGUGUCCAAUCCCUUUCUGUACACUUGGAAGAACGAGGAGUUUCGGAAGUCCUUCAGGUCGGUGAUGAGGGGAGACUUCCUGCGGGGGUCCACGGUUGGAGUCGAGCCCAUCACCAUCAGUGCUAUUUCUCACAUCUUCCCCAGACAAAACAGCCGCAGGGCAUUUCUGGGUGAGAUGAACUGAGCUAGCCUUCGGAAGCUUACGACUAGUACUGUGGCCAAAUUUCACUCGUGCUUCAACAGUCUGCUGGUGAUUUCUCAGUCACGAUGAGCUGUGUGUAUUUUGUAAAGAUUUUGUAAAUAUAUAUAUAUAUAUAUAUAUAUAUAUAUAUAUAGAAUGUAUUUAUUUUAUUUUUUUGUGGAAGUGUGAAAUGUUUUUUGCACAUCUGUGAAGGCUUCACUGCCACUUUUUAAAUGAGAAAUGUUUAUGAAUGUCCAAAUAAAUCAGAGAAAUCUCAACUUG